ACCAGCAUAAUGUGAUGGCACAUGCUUGGCUGAGCUAUUUUCAAGAAAUAGCAGUAUUGUCAGUUAGAAGAACUGACAUUCUGAAAAUGCAAGAGAAUUGGUGAAAACAAUCAUCGCGAAUUAAGAAUCUGGAUAAAACUGCAAUUAUCUGUCAAUCUCCAUUAUAAUGUCUUCUGAAAAUGCUAUGCUGAGAGCUCUGGGAUACAAAGUGGAAUACACUAUUGGUGAAGGAACUUACUCUAAAGUUAAAACUGCACUUUCAAAGAAAUACAGCGAGAGAGUGGCUAUUAAGAUGCUGAAUAAGAAGCAUGCACCUUCAGAUUUUGUCAACAGGUUCCUGCCCCGUGAAUUAGCUAUCCUCAAGACAAUCUCUCACCCCCAUGUGGUUCAUGUGUUUGAGCUCAUUGAAUUGGAAAAUGGGGUACAAUGUAUUGUCAUGGAACUGUGCCACACAGAUCUCCUACAGCAGAUACAACAGGAAGGACCUUUCUCAAUGUCAGAGGCCCAACGCAUUUUUUCUCAAAUUGCCAGUGCCUUGCAGUAUCUGCAUGAAAACAAUAUUGUUCACAGGGAUCUGAAGUGUGAAAAUGUGCUUUUAACACAUGAUCAGUCUGUUAAACUCUCUGACUUUGGCUUCGGGAAGCAUUCUGUUAACCCUAUGGAGCUAUGCAACACCUACUGUGGCUCUGCUGCCUAUGCACCACCAGAGGUUCUGUUGGGGAUCCCAUAUAACCCAAGGAAGUAUGACAUAUGGAGUCUUGGUGUGGUUCUCUACAUUAUGGUAACUGGCAAAAUGCCUUUUGAUGAUUCCAACAUCAGCAAGCUUCCAGAAAUUCAACAGAAAGGAGUGGAAUAUCCAAACUUUAUCACUAUCAAUGAAAAGUGCUGGAGUCUAAUCAAGAACCUACUAAACUUCAGUCCUUCUGAUCGACCAGAUAUCAGCACUGUGGCAAGGUUCACCUGGCAAGGAACACCAAAGUCUGAAAGAAAGCCUAGCCGGCAGAGUGAUAAAGAAUAAUAUAAUGUUAGUUAAGCAUUCUAAUAAACAU